AUGAAGCUGCUGUCCUUUCUUCCAUUGGCCAUUGGGGUGCUUCCCUUGGUCGCCUCUGUUCCUUUGACCAAGCGGGCACUAUCCGCCUCUGACCAAUCUGUCCUCGAAUUGGCAUUGUACCUUGAGCAUCUGGAGCAUGCCAUGUACAGUUCAGGCUUCCAAAACUUUACUGAGCAACAGUAUGAAUCUGCUGGAUUUCCACCCGGAUUCCGUGACAAUGUUGGAGUCAUUGCAUCGCAUGAACAAACCCACAUUGACCUACUCACUACGGUCCUUACGUCGAAUGGAAUAACUCCUAUUCCGACCUGCCAAUACAAAUUUCCUUUUACCGAUCCCAAAUCGUUUGCUGCGCUGGCAAAUAUGGUCUCUACCGUGGGUAUCGGCGCAUAUAUUGGCGGGGCAACCGGAUUCAGCGACAAUGAGCAGCUUCUCACGGCUGCUGGAUCCAUUCUCGCCGUCGAGGCUCGACACGAUGCCUAUGUUCGUACUGAAAUAGGCGCAUCUCCGUUCCCAACUGCCUUUGAUACGGCCUUGACACCCGUGUUCGCGUACAAUCUCGCUCAGAUGUUUAUUGUCUCCUGCCCGCAGCCUCUUCCCAUCAUUGUGCUGCCCAAACUCAACUUGACCUCGCCCAUGCCGCCGCAGAAUUUGCAGCCUCCUGUCGCCGCCGGAACCACGCUCAGUUUUGCCUGGGAUCCAAGCAAGUUUUUCGUCUCGGUCGAUCCCAAUGCACCCCUGUACAUUGCCCUGAUCAAUCAAGAUGUCCAGGCGCCCAUCUUCCAAGAAGUCACAAAGACGGGCAGUGGCACGGGCACGGUACCCCUGCCUGCGAAUAUCACGGGCGUUGCGUUCGCCGUCCUCACGACCUUUUCGGGAGGCUUGACUGAGGCCCAAUUGACGCAGUAUGGAACCUUGGCCGGCCCGGCUGAAGUUGCAGUGUCGUAA